AAUGAUACAAGCGGCCCUCAAGAAAGCAUUAAUGGAUGCUGGAUUAGUUCGUCUUGCUGACGAAUUUGUCCCCAUCAGUGGCAUGGGUGACAACUCAUCAAUGAUGCCAUCGUCUACCGUGACACAGGGAACACACUUUAACAGGUCUGGCGAAAGAAGAGUUAGUGAUGGAGAAAUCAUAAAACUGUCAAAACUCGUUUCUGGUGACAACUACACCGUUUUAUGCGUGGAACUGGGAUAUGAUAUUGCCUUCUCUAACAACAUUGUAACCAAAUGUCAAUUAAAUUAUUCUGCUGCGUUUGAGGAUAUAUUGAAAAAAUGGAGUACAAAGACAGGUGGUUUUAUUCAUGAUCUUGAUAAAGCUCUCGUGAAAGCAGAACUCGGAGGACUAAGAGAUCAGUAUAAGAUGUAGAUUAACAGCCUCAACUCAGUUCGACAACAUUUUGUUUGAUUUACAUAAUGAAUAAUUAUAUUAAUAAUUAUAUCGAAUGGUUCGUGACAAUUACAGACCCAUCUGAUUACUCAUAGUGUCCUUAUUAACUUCACCAUCGACAAUAUCUCC